AUGGGCUGUUGGCGAGGGGGCAACAAGAGCUGCAAGAUGGAGGGCAGCAGCUGCCGCAUAGUGGCGGGCAAGUGCAGCUACAGAGCGACGGCUGCCAGCGUGGGGGCGAUAUCAGGAGAAAGGGCAGCAGUGGUCGCUGCUCCUUACGGGGUUGCGGCUGAAGUUAGGGACAGGGCUUUAGCACGGCCAGCAGGGGCAGUAGAGGCCACAGCAGGGGCAGAGGAGUCUGCUGCCAGGGCGGCAGAGACCGCAGACGGAGUGGCGCGGGCUGCAGGAGAGGCUGGCAACGAUGGGGACGCAGCAGCCCCACCACAGGCCCAUAACGAGGUCCUCCCUGCCCUCCCCAAGCCCACCCCCAUGCAGGCAGGAGCUUUAAUAGAGGGGCAGGAGGAAACAGCGAGGACAGGGAAUCCGGAAAGUGCAUCCAUCCACACCCCGCAUCUUUUAACCCACUCCCCAUCGGGAGCACCCACCCUUUGCCCCCACCCUCACAGGCACUCCAUAGUCACCACCGCCCUCCCCCAGCCCAUCGACCCCUGCUUGCUCCCGCGCAGGCCCACCCACCAUCCCACAACCAGCAACCCAAAACUCCCCAAGCCAACGCAGGUCGACGACGGAGGGGAAGAGCCAGAGGCGGGGAGGGCUUAA